UUAGACUCGCAAUUAAUAAAGGCAAUUGUAGACAACGUGCUGAAAGAGCUAAUCAACAUGUCUCCAAGCCUCGAGCCCAAAAAUUUAGUGGGCCUUGAUUCUCGUGUGUGGAAGGUGGAGCGACUGCUCGAUGUCAACCGCUCAGAAGACAUUCGAAUUGUCGGGCUUUGGGGGAUGCCCGGUAUUGGCAAGACCACUCUAGCUCGAGCCUUAUACAGACGACUUACCAAUUUCUCCAAAGAAGAUGGCUACAAGCACUAUUUCGUCCCAAAUAUCAAUGCCAAAUGGAAAGGGCAACGAGAUGGCUUGGAAGGGCUACAAAAGGAGCUUUACUCAACCCUCCUCUCCGAGCAGGACCAAAACAUCACCAGUCGAGACUUGGAAACAAGUUAUCGCAGGGCUCGACUAUCUCGGUUGAAGGUUUUCAUUGUCCUGGACGACGUUGAAGUUUUGUCCCAACUAGAAAGCUUACUCCUCGGCGAUGUGUUGAAUCUCACGAAGUUGUUUGCGCUAGGGAGCAGAAUUAUCGUCACGACGAGGAACAGGAAAGUGCUUGAAGUUGCAAUGGCUAGGAUAUACCACGUGGAGCAGCUUAGCCCUCAAGAGUCGCUUCGACUAUUCAGCAUGUACUCUUUUAGGCAAGAGACUCCACCAACAAGUAGAAGGAAGAGCGAGAGUUACUGGCAAAGUUUCUUGGAUGGGUUACGGAAGAAUCCAAAGCGGGAGAUUCACGAUGUUCUAAGGAGGAGCUACGAUGAGCUCGGAGGCGAUGAAAAGAGGAUGUUUCUUGACAUUGCUUGUUUCUUCCGAAGGAAUUACUCCAAGUCACAUUUGAUUAAGAUGAUGGCAUGUAGCUAUUACUCGGCGUAUAGUCGAGUGGAGGAUCUUAUCGAUAAGGCAUUGUUGAUAUGUGAACACCAGUCCAAUAGCAACAACGACGAGUUGAUCAUUGAGGUUCAUGAUUUGCUACACGAAAUGGCUUGGAACUUUAUUAAUGAGGAACCCGAUCUUGGGAACCGCAAUCGUCUUGAGAAUGCAGAGGAUGUUCGCAAGUUACUCAUUGCACGGAAGGGAACGAGAGCUACAGAGGGUAUAAACUUGGACUUGUCUAAAGCAGAAGAGAUGCACUUGGGAUCCGAUGCAUUUUCGGGGAUGGAUCGACUUAGAUUUCUCAAAUUCUCAUGGCCAGAUUCGUCGUCGUCUUCAUCAAAAAAUAAUGCACGUACUUGCAAGAUCCAUCUUUCGGAAUCUGGCCUAGACUCACUGCCUCAUGAGUUAAGAAUGCUAUGGUGGGAUGGAUUUCCUUCGUCAUCUUUACCUUCAAACUUCUCUCCUAACAGCUUGGUUGAACUUUGUAUUCGCCAUAGCCCUCUUGCACAAUGUUGGGAUGAAGUUCAGGACUUCGUGAAUUUGAGGUGGUUUGACCUAUCUUAUUGUGCCAACCUCAUCAUCGUCCCUGAUCUAUCGAAAGCCACACAUCUGGAAUCUCUCAAACUCACAGGAUGCAAGACCAUAGUUGAGCUACCCUCCUUUGUCGAAUACCUAGACAUGUUAACCUUACUAGACCUCGGAGCCUGCGAAAACCUAGAGACCCUCCCACCUAAAUUAGACUCCAAACACCUCAAACACGUAAUUCUCUACGAUUGCAGGAAAAUCAACCAAUGCCCUGAGUUCACAAGCAACUGGGAUACCCUAGACUUGCGUGGCACCCCAAUCACAACCCUCCCUAUCGCAAUCCACAAAAUCAAAGAAGCCCGAAAGCUCAGCCUCCACGGUGAAAGCAUAACCAGCUUGCCAGAUGGAUUCUCUGCGUCCAUCAAGGAGUUUCGACUGUGCCACACCGCCAUACAAAAGAUACUGCCAAGCGAUCAUCGUGAUUUUCUUCUUCCGAGAAUCUCUCGUUUGGAGCUGGUCGGGAACUAG